GUGAGUUGAUUGGUUGUGGUGCUCAGUUUAACUUGGAUGAAAUUGAUGGAAAAGCUGUCUUGUUUCAUGCUGCUAAAAAUGACCUGUUUCUUGGGGUAGUAACGCCAUUAUCAGAUGCGGGCUUUGAUCUCAACACAACUGAUGACAAUGGCAAAACUGCUGUGUUUCAUGCUAACAAGAACCAAUGUAUGGGUGUACUUUGUAGGUUGAUUGGUUGUGAUGCUCAGUUUAAAUUGGAUGAAAUUGAUACAAAAGCUGUUUUGUUUUUGGCUGCUGAAUAUAACUUUGGAGAGGUAUUACAGCCAUUAUCUAAUGCGGGCUUUGAUCUUAACACGACUGAUGACGAGGGCAAAACUGCUGUGUUUUUUGCCGAUGGCGAGAUUUUGGACGACUUGAUUGUGAAUUAUGAAUUUUCCGCAAAUUCAAGAGAUCGUUAUGGCAGAACUCCACUUUUCUAUGCUGUAGGAGAAUUUAAUGCAACAAAAGCUCGGAAUCUUAUUAAGAAUGGAGGCAAUAUUCAAUUACAAGACAGCUGCAAUGUAAGCAUGUUUUCUUUCUUCGUCGAAAACUGCAUAGUCACAAACAGCAGUGUAGAAUCUAUGCUACGUAAGUCUACUGAGAUAUUUCAAAAACCGCAACAUCUGAAAGCGUUGGCUCUCGCAACGUUGGACAUACUCUAUUGUCAAGCUCCUCUGUCAGUGUUGUCUGACAAUGGUUCUCCUCAUUUGCCAAAGCCAAACAUAUUUUUUAACAAAACAAAUGUUUUAGAUGUUUUGACUUUCGCUCGAGAUCGAUGUUCAAGUCAGUAUGGGAAAAUGGCCAUUGACAAGAUUAGGUCAUUGAUAAACGCAGGCCAAAACAUGAUUGAUGUGCCGUCUAUUCUUUUCUUGCUCAACAAACUGGGUGCCAAUCCCAUGGCUGCUGAUUCAAAUGGAAAUACAGCUCUUCACUAUGUGACCAUUCUACCACUUUUGGGCGUAACACAAGUAACCGUCAUGAGUAUAUGCAAGAAGCUCAAGGAGUUUGGGGCGAUAUUCAGUGUGAAAAACCACCAACGUCAGUCGCCUUUAUUGUUUUGUUUGUCAUCGGAUAUCUGGAAAGAUGUUUGUAGAAACAACAAAUGGCAGUCGAUUAGGGGAUUGGAAGAAGUCUGUAAAUUUUUGUUGAGCAAUGGAUGUAGUAUCAACGACACAUCACAGAACGGCGAGUCGGUUUUUCAUCGGAUAAUCUUGCUUAUCCACCAGAGUCUCCGCGAACUAAAUGAUGAAGCCUCAAUAAAGGAUGUUUCAAGGGUAUUCAUCGAAGUUUUGAAGGUACUAACGUCUACAAAAGAAGCUGUGAACAACACUGAUAAUCAGUUAAACUCACCACUGCACCUUUGGGCAUCCAUUGCAUUAAAAUCGCCUCAAGAUUACGCAAGCUGUGAAACUGAAGACUACAAGACGUCGUUUGAGGACAUUUUACAAAAAAGUUUGCGCCAUCUUUUGAAAUGUGGAGCAGUACUCAACCCGCGAAAUGCGAACGAAGAAACUCCCUUGCAUCUGUGCAAAACAUGGACCGCUGUGAAGUUGUUGUUAGGUGCUGGAGCAAACCCAAAGCAUGUGGAUUCAUCAGGGUGUUCACCUCUCCUUGUUGCAGCUAAGCUGGAAAACUUUCGUUUAAAAUCGGAUUAUUUUUAUCCUGAUGUUACAGAAGACCCAGAAGCCUUUUGGAGAAGUGCUCUCGAAAGAGGACUUGAUCCAUGGACAGCUGACAAGCAGGACGAGUCUGUUUUGAGUGUUCUCAUUCGAACAGGAGCUUUUAUUCUUGCUCGAACGUUGCUUGAAGUUACUUGCAAGGAAAACUACGCUACGAAUGAAGUCAAGCUUUCGUUUUUAAACGUCAUUUGUAAAGAUAAAUCUGGUCAUACACAUUGGAAGACCAAGUUGGUGGAAGUCAUCCUUGAAUCAGCUAAUAAAAGUAAUCUUUCUUUGGAUUCACCACUUCGUCUUUGCUGUGAAAACAUUAAAAAUGAGAAGCCAGAUUCUUUUCAGCAAAAUCAAAAAGACGAGCCAAGCAAUGGUGAUGGGCAACCACCCUCAAAUAAAAGAAGAAAAGAUAGGUCAUCAAAGAGUGAGGAAGAAAAAGAAGAGCCAAGCAAUAGUGAUGGGCAACCACCCUCAAAGAAAAGAAGAAAAGAUAGGUCAUCAAAGAGUGAGGAAGAAAAAGAAGAGCCAAAGGAAGAACAAGUGACUAAUGAUUCUGUUCACUGUGAAAUUGCGAAGCAGCUUCUUUUGUAUGACUCGUCUUCUGGGACGUCUUGCCUCGACAUUGCAGAAGGUUGCCCCUAUCUUGAAGAUCUUCUGACGAAACCCAUAGAAAUCAAUGAAAGUCCAAUUCGUAUUCCUUGGUCCGCCGUUUCUAAGAAAUAUAACGGCAUACUGGCCAAAGUUGCUAGGCGACAAGAGUKUAAAAUGGUGGAUCAAAUUUGGUACCACASAGACCCCAUAGGAAGKGGAUCGUUUGGUGAUAUUUUUGCUGGAAUCAAUGAGAAGGAUGGAAGAGAAGUGGCUAUAAAACGCAUCGUAAAAUCGCGUAUGCAGCAACCACAAGACAAGCGAGAAAUAUCACAUCUCACCGCUCUUGCUGACUGUGAACAAGUUGUUCGUUAUUUAUCCUUCUUUGAAGAUAAAGAGUUUUCAUACAUAGCUUUGGAACUGAUGGAGGGAAAUCUGCAGGAGUAUCUUAAUGGAUCCAUAACUGUUGCCACCCAAUCCACUCUUCUCUGUAGAGAUGUAGUUAUGGGGUUAAAGUUUUUACAUGAAAAAAAGGUCCUUCAUCGCGACCUCAAGCCUCAAAAUAUUCUUUAUAAACGUCAUCCAAAACAUGUGUGUUUAAAAAUUGCAGACUUUGGUUUAAGCCGUACUAUUGAUAGUGUGUCUACCACAGUGUAUGGUACGAAUGCUGGUACUAGAUGUUGGAUUGCUCCCGAAGUAUUUAAGUCCAAGACGAACAAAGUCGACAAAAAAUGUUUUAAUCCAGCAUCAGACAUGUUUUCGUGUGGACUGAUCCUUCACUACAUCCUUUCGGGUCAAAAACACCCAUUUAAUCCCACUAAUUGUGCAAAUAAAAGUGAACUGCAAGUUGCUAUGGAAACAGAAGCCAACAUCUUGAAUGACAGAAUGGAAGGAUGGGAUAACGCUAUUUCUCCUGAAGCCACUCACCUGCUAAAGAGGAUGCUUCAAAGCAAUGAAGGGAAUCGGCCAAGUGCAGAAGAUGCACUAGAACAUCCUUUGUUCUGGACAAAUGCAAAGAAGAAGGAUUUCCUAGCAGCUGUUGGUAAUCAGACAGAAUUCCAGUGUCCACGUUCAAAGAGGAAGUUACCUUUGACCCUAGUCGAGACAGAUCUAGAUCUGAGAUUCUGUACCAUAAGUAGGCAUGAAAGGUGGAAUGGUUCUGGGUAUCUGCACAUGCCCAAUAUUUACACUAGCAUGAUAGCAGGAAAAGGGAGAAAGAAAUACGGCACCUCGUCUGCAGUGGAGUUACUACGUUUCAUACGAAAUGUAUACGAACACUACCAAGAGAAAACGUUUACGUUUGUGCCAGUAGUAACAAUUGAACAGUUGCUGUUUGACGACUUCGUGUUUCUGGGAUAUUUUCCUGCUCUUGUGAUUGAAGUCUACAAGGUUGUAACCACUCAUGGCUGGGACCAGACAAGAGAGGAUAUCAAAUCCACCAUGAACAAGAAGUAACAAGGUUGUGUGGAACAAACAGCAGCGAUUAUAAAUCAUCACACAGGGGAUUGCUGUUAACGCUGUCACCUGAUGAUAUGGUAGUACACUGCUACAAGUUGGAUGGUACUGAUACAACCUAGAGGAGAGAUUGCACAUAAUGUCAAUAAUCAUAAGAUAAGACUGAUGAUAUGUUAGUACACUGCUACAAGUUGGAUGGUACUGAUACAACCUAGAGGACAGAUUGCACAUAAUGUCAAUAAUCAUAAGAUAAGACUGAUGAUAUGGUAGUACACUGCCACAAGUUGGAUGGUACUGAUACAACCUAGAGGACAGAUUGCACAUAAUGUCAAUAAUCAA